UUAGGAUAAUAUAUGAAAUACGUGCAUAUAAAGAUUAUUAAAGUUUUUCCCUUUUUAAAAAAUGGUACAUCCAGAUCUCGUUCGAUGAUUAUAAAAUGUUCAUGUCUGCAACUGGUUUUUUCCGCUUUUGUUAUUGAGUUAUCUUUCUCCCGAAUGAUUGGGCUUGAAGUCGAUUAAAAGCUCAUCAGUUGAAUCGCAGACAUGAAAUGGUUUAGCCAGUUGACGUUCCAUGGCUGUCAAUAGUGGUCAUAUUUUUUAUCUUUGCCUAAUUGGCUUACUGGUUUUCGUAAAAGAACAUGAGGUAAUCUCAGCUUCCAAAUUUUUUUAAGUGAGUUAAGUGAAAUAUUUGAAUUCGCAGCCAACUGCCGUUCAAAAGGGUAAUACAGAGUACCGCCUAGAGUCGCUGGAGACAAAAUGUGAUCAGGAUUUCGUGGAAUAUUUCCAUAGAGUGCCCGACUCUCAGAUUCUAUAUACUUUUCGUGUCGCAAAGUUGGCCUCUGCUUUUACCAUCAAUAUAACAAUUAAAGUGCUCAAGACACAUCGAAUUAUGUAUAAGAUAGAAAACUUUAAGGGUUGUGAGUUUCUUAACAAUCCUGUAGUAUUUAAAAUGUUUGGCGAAUCAUACAAAACCUUGGUGGUCAAUGGCAGUUACUUCAAGUGUCCUAUCAAGCCGAAGAUUUACUAUCUGAAAACCGACGGCAUUAUGUCCAUGAUACCAAGCGUCCAUCCAUUUGGCCGUUUUCAACUAUCAAUGCGUGUAAAAAUGACAGAGAGUCGUAAACCAUUUGUAAUGGAAAUGCUGCUUAACUAUACAAUUGUGCGCAUUAAAUAA